UGAAAUACAUGACUUGGGCAUAAACAGCAGCCAGCGAAGAGAGAAAAGGAAAGGAAAGAGAGCUACAGCUUAUUCUGAAGGAUGUUAAGGAGUAAGGGGCCGCUGCUCCUCUCCUUUCUCAUAGUAUUAGUCUAUCUAUGGGGCUCUGUACAAGGAGUAUCCAGGAUAAGAUUAUCAAAUGUGACAGAAGGAGUCAUUGCUACAGCUAAUCCGUAUCAACGCAAUACCAAUUGCUCAUGGUUCUUGGAAACCAACAAUACCAGAAGGUCAUACAUUAGGCUCAAGUUCAAUUAUUUCCUAACUGAGUGUCUCUGGGAUUAUCUUCACAUUUUCAACGGCGACUCCAUUUACAGUCCGAAACUCGGAGCAUACUCAGGGGAGGUGCUUCGGUCUGACGCUGGCAUUGAUGAUGGGAGUGGCUCUAUUUAUGGCUCAGGGGAUGUGACUUACGUGUCACCAAAUGAAGUCAUAUUAUUGUUUGAUUCACCUCAUGUCCUGUUGUAUUUCUUCUCUGACGCACAGCUAGAAACUGAUGGAUUCAAUGUAUCAUAUUGGGUCAGUACUUGUAUCAGUAAUUGUUCUAACAAUGGACUGUGUGAUGAGUCCCGGGGGGUGUGUCAAUGUGAUCCUGAUUGGACCGGAGAGUACUGCCAGUCUCCUGCUUGUCCUAAUAACUGCAAUCACCAUGGAAACUGUCUUAAUAAGGAAUGUGUCUGUGACGAGGACUACACUGGUGCUGAUUGUUCAAUACUGAAUGAUAGACCACACUGGACUGUAAUGAACAUAUCCAAUACAGAUACAGUAUUGUUGAGUAGAGCUGGCCACACCUCCGUACUGUGGGAGGGGUCUAUGUGGGUAUUUGGUGGGUAUCAGUUUGACGGUACCUUUCCUGAGCCUCUGGCUGAUGGCAGUGGAGGAGACAGAGAGGAAGGAAAAUAUGCUGAUCUGCUACAGUAUGAUAUUAAUGACAAUGAUUGGACAGUAAUUGAGCCAAUAGGUGCGAAGCCACGCCCACGUUAUGGUCACUCAGCAGUAGUAUAUAAAGAUUUCAUGUACAUUUAUGGCGGUGCCCUUAUCCCCAGUGAAGAGAUCACCAAUGAGCUGUGGAGAUAUGACUUUCAAAACAUGAACUGGACUCAGAUUGAUCAGUGUAGCCAGACCAGUGACAAUGAAACUGACUCACUGAUGGAGUACUGCCCCAUAAGAGUGAAGGAUCACACUGCUAAUGUGGUGGGGGAUAAGAUGUUAAUAGUCCUUGGCUAUUCUGAUCAGUUGUGGAGUGAUGGAGGCAGCAUUGAGAUUCCUAAUUUUGUACAGGAAUUUGAUUUAGUGAAUGAGUCAUGGCCAUACCCACCUCCCCAGCAUGGUAUCAUCCCUUCAGAACGAAUGGCUCACUCCAGUGUCUAUGUACCAGAGACUGGUCUACUGUACGUUUAUGGAGGAGAACAUUUAAGAAAUACUCUAUCAAGCAUCAUAGCCUAUGAUCCAGUGACUCAUUAUUGGAGUGGAGAUAUAUCAAGUGGUCCUUUGAAACAGUCCUUUCAUUCAACUCUACUGAUGAAUGGAGCCUUGGUCUCUUUUGGUGGAUACACUACGAGCAAUGAUUGCUUUAGCUCUGAUCUAGUUCUAUAUGAUAUAUUGCAAAAUGAGUGGAGGACAUUGUCACUACCUGGUCUCCCUAGCAACGCCAGUCGCUAUAGUUACUCAGCGGUCUCCCCUGACAACACUACUCUCCUGCUGUAUGGCGGCUUCAAAGGCUCCACCUUUCAUGAUGUGUUGAUGUUUAGGGUUGGAAGAGAUUGCAGUGAGUAUGAUAGUGUCUCUUCUUGCAGUGGGUCAUUGUGUCGCUGGUUCAAUAACUCAACUUGUACUGACAUUAAUUUGGAGAAGAAUAUUGACACAGGCUCAUAUUGUCACCUUCACAUAAGUUGCUUAUCGUGUAACACCAGCAGCUCCACUGACUGUCACUGGAUCAAUAACAAGUGUCAAUAUGUUGAUCCUACAAGCAAUACCACAGCUGUUACAUCUGCUACAGCUGCUACCAGCAAUGAUCCAUCUUGUUCUGAGUCUAGACCAGAUUCUUGUUCACAUUAUUUAUCUUGUGUGUCUUGUGUAGCUCAUGAAGCUUGUGGUUGGACUCAAACUGGGUGUACCUUCAGAUCUAAUGAUACAAUCACCAGUUGUUCAGUCAUUACUGGUUGUUCAGGACUCUCUUCUUGUUCAUCUUGUAUUGGCCAUAGAAACUGUCUCUGGUGCUCUUCUCUUAAUAAAUGUAUAAAUACUGGAGUCUAUCCUUAUCUCUUUCCUUUUGGACAGUGUCUAGGCUGGACUCAGUCUUGCUCAAGUGUUACCGAGGACUGCAGUGAUCAUUUAACAUGUGCUGAGUGUAGAACAGAGACUGGGUGUGGCUGGUGUAGAGAUGAGUCCGAUACUGGACUAGGGACUUGUGGUAAAGGAGGUUUCCUUAGAUCUCUUAACGGAUCAUUCUGUGUCGAUACUCACUGGUUUUAUGAUACCUGUCCUUUGUGUAAUUGCAAUGGUCACAGUGAGUGUGUCAAUCUAUCAGUUUGUGUUGACUGCCAGAAUAACACAAGAGGUGCUAAUUGUGAAUCAUGUGAAGAUGGUUAUUUCGGUCGUCCUGUAAAUGGACGUUCUUGUUCUGUAUGUGAUUGUAAUGGUUACAAUACUGUCUGUGAUAAUUCCCGAGGUAACUGUACUUGUCUUGAUGCCGGAGUGACAGGAUCAACUUGUACUUUAUGUAAAGCCGUUGAGAACUAUCGGGGGAAUGCAUCCAACUUUUGCUACUAUUCUCUUUCCGUUGGUUUUAUUUAUACUUUUUUAUCUCCUGAUGUUGAAACACAGAAUUUCUUUGUUGCGCGUCCUAGAUCAAGUAGCAGAUUAAAUGUCAAAUUUGAGAUAUCCAGGAAUCGUUUUGAUUCAUCUAUUUCAGUCCAAUAUUUCCUAGGAAGAUCAUCUCAGAAUUAUGCUAUCCUGUACAAUGUCACUGAUGUAUUGACAAUAAGUGGGACUAACUCGCACAGUGAAAGAUAUGAAUCCUUUAGUUCCGUUACCUUCAACUCGUCAAACCUUUUCUCAUUUGCAAGACCUGAUAUUCAGAGCACAGCACAGUUUGGCUGGUUGUUUGGUAAUUCCAGCAGUAAUGACUUCACUAGUAACCUGUGGGAUGGGGACGUGGGUCUAGUUAUUUAUGUGUUCAAUUUAAAACCAGACUUACAAUAUAAGAUUACAGUUGAUCAAAAUGAUUUAACAUUUCUCAUCUAUUUCUUUGUUACUUUCCUUACAUGCUUUACAUUCCUACUCUCACUCUUUCUAUUGGGCUGGUACAUUAAACGGAAACUAGAGAUCCGUGCAUUAAUUAGAGCUCAGCAUAUUGAAAUGCAGAGACGAGUCCGACGUCCAUUUGCUCGUAUCAAGGCAAUAGUGGACACUCCUUUAAAAUCAAGAGCUAAACAAACUGCUUCUUAUGUUGCCGUAGAAACAGUCAAUGACUCGAAGGCAGCCAUUUUAUCUGUACUGAUCCGUCUUCCUUGCGAUAAAGCAACAGGUCAUCCUAAACCAAAUCGAACUGGGAUGUGUUUUGGUAGCACGUUUGUGAGAAUGAACCCACCAAAGAAGAAAAGAACUAAACACAGCAGCAGCAAUCAUAAUACAAACACUUAGAAUACAAGGAGAAUAUACUGAAGUAUACUGACAUACAACCUCCCCUCUCCUUUAUACUGUCCAUAAUAUUCAUACAGUAUUCUUAUCAUUAAUUGUUAUUACUAUUAUUAUUAUCAUUGUUGUUGUUUGCAAUUAUUUUUUGUGUUAUAAUAUAUGAUUGAUUGUCAUAGUCUAUGCUUUAAUAUCUAUAGAUUUUGGUAUUUUAUUUACGUCUGAUUUAAUGUAAGAAUUACAAUGAUUAAUUUAUUUUGAGCCAAAA